GUGACCAACCAGCCAUUUUGUUGAGUGCGAGAGGAUGCCAUCGAUCUCCUGUUUGUUUUACUUAUUACUUAUUUAGUGAAUAAAUUGAUAUAAUUGUGGUACAAUAGUUCGCGAUAUUUCGCCAGAAUGACGCAGUUCUUACCGCCAAAUUUGUUGGCAUUGUUUUCGCCGCGCGAACCGAUUCCGUAUUUGCCACCUGCUAGCAAACUUCCGCAUGAGAAGAAAAACGGUGGUUACGCCGGCGUCGGGAUCUUUCUCAAGUAUUUCGAGGAUCCUAAGGAUACUCCACCACCUGUGCGUGUAGAGACUCGAGAAGAACGAUUGGAGCGUAGACGAAGAGAACGUGCAGAACAAGUUGCAUAUAAACUCGAACAAGAAAUAGCAGUAUGGGAUCCAGCUGGCAUUUCCAAUGUUACGGCAGAUCCUUUCAAGACUCUCUUUGUAGCUCGAAUUAAUUAUGACACCUCAGAAUCUAAACUGAGAAGAGAAUUUGAAGUAUAUGGACCAGUAAAAAAGAUUGUGGUAACACAUAAUACAAUUAAUGGCAAGCCUAGAGGAUAUGCUUUCAUUGAGUAUGAGCAUGAAAGAGAUAUGCACUCGUGGUGGCCGCUGCCGGCAACUAGUGCCAUUCACUAUUCCAUGCAAUCCCUGAACCUGCCUGAUAAGAUAGCUGCAUAUAAGCAUGCGGAUGGUAAGAAAAUAGACGGCCGCAGAGUAUUAGUCGACGUUGAGCGAGCGAGAACGGUGAAGGGUUGGCUGCCUCGAAGACUCGGCGGCGGCUUAGGUGGUACUCGUAGAGGUGGUCCUGACGUCAACAUCAAACAUUCAGGACGGGAAGAUAAUGAAAGAGAGCGGGAGCGAUAUCGCUUGGAACGUGAGAGAGAAACCUCAGGACGUGGCCUGGAUAGAGACAGAGAUCGUGACCGUUUAGAUAGAGAACGUCGCAGAUCACGCGAUCGUAAGCGAAGGACUAGGAGUAGAUCACGCGAACGCAGACGCAGACGAAGUCGCGACCGACUGCCGGAUCCCGAUAUUGAAGAAAUCGACCGUCCACGUGACAGAAGAGAUCGUGAUCGUGAUCGCGAUCGGGAUCGCAAAAGGCGGCGGUCGCGAAGCAACGAUCGCGAUCGCGAUAGGGAUCGUAAACGAGACAAGCGGGAUAGGGAUCGUGAUCGUAGGGACAGAAAGGAUCGCGGUGAUCGUCAGGACGAGGAUACGAAAGAAAUCCGUAUUAAGGAAGAACCGUUGGAUGAUUAUCCAGACUAUAGCACUACAUUUACGACGUCGGGCUCAUAUUUCACCGCAGUCAAGUACGAAGAUGAUAAUGAUCAGGAAGUGGAAGAGAAAUACCGGAUUCCGGAGAGUCGUUCCGAUCCACCAGCAUAUAAUAAUUACGAUUCCGUACAAGAUUAUUGAUCUCGAACAGUACAUGUUUCUAUCGUAUCCCUUUUUCACAAUAAGCCACCGCUUUAUUUUAUCGUUGCAUUAUCUUUAUUGUUAACAUAAUACUGGCGAAUUAGCCUUUUUAAGAGCGAAUCAAGUUGAACGCUCUUCAACUAUGAAGUAUUCGGACAAAAUUAUUAUAAAUAUCAUAAAAGGAUUACACAAAUUCUGUAAAA